AACCCAAGAACAACGAUCAGCAUGUUUGGACCGGCAAUGUCGUCAGGAGGAAGAAGCAGGAGCAGCAGCACCGUUGCUGUGGCGAGCUUGACGAUUCUGCUCUGCGUGGGCGCAGUUGCCGUCCUUGUGGCAGCCGCGCGGCCAGAUCCAGACGCGCCACGUGCGGCAGCGGCCAACGGCACGUGCCAGUCCAGGGUGGAGCCGUUCGGGUACAAGUGCGAGGAGCACACCGUGACCACCGCCGACGGGUACAUCCUGAGCUUGCAGCGGAUCCCGGGCGGCCGCGGCCAAUCGGCGGCCGGCAAUGUCCCGGUGCUGCUGCAGCACGGGCUGUUCAUGGACGGCGUGACGUGGCUGAUGAACUCCCCCGCCGAGUCCCUGGGCUACAUCCUGGCGGACGGCGGCUACGACGUGUGGAUCGCCAACAGCCGUGGCACCGUCUACAGCCGCGGCCAUACCACGCUGUCCACCGGCGACCCGGCGUACUGGGACUGGUCUUGGGACGAGCUCGCCAGCAGCGACCUGCCGGCGGUGGUGCAGUACGUCUACGCGCACUCCGGCGGGCAGAGGAUGCACUACGUCGGCCACUCGCUGGGGACUCUGAUCGCGUUCGCGGCGAUCAGCGAGCAGCAGCAGCUGGGGAUGCUGCGCUCCGCGGGGCUGCUCAGCCCCAUCGCCUACCUCGACAAGGUCUCCUCGCCGCUCGCGCGGGGGGGCGCCGACGUCUUCCUCGGCGAGGCUCUGUACUGGCUGGGGCUGAACGAGUUCGACCCGACAGGGGAAACUGUUCACAAACUAGUGACUGACGUAUGCUCGCAGCCGGGGAUCAAUUGCUACAAUCUGAUGUCAGUGUUCACAGGUGACAAUUGCUGCCUGGACAACUCAUCUGUCCAGGUCUUCCUUGCCCACGAGCCACAAGCUUCUGCAACCAAGAACAUGGUGCAUUUGGCUCAAAUGAUCCGGCGGGGGACGAUCGCCAAGUACGACUACGGCAACGCCGCGGACAACACGAAGCACUACGGACAGGCGGCGCCGCCGGCCUACGACGUGUCGGCGAUCCCCGACGACUUCCCGCUCUUCCUCAGCUACGGCGGCAGGGACAGCCUCUCGGACGUGCAGGACGUGAAACACCUGGUCCAGGCGCUCAAGUCGCACGACGGCGACAAGCUCACGGUCCAGUACCUGGAUGACUACGCGCACGCCGACUUCGUCAUGGCCGGCAACGCCCGGGAAAGGGUAUACGCGCCUCUAAUGGCCUUCUUCAAGCUCCAGGAGAAAUGACGGCGCCCGUGGCCGUCGCUAUGGUAGCAUUGUAAAUGAUGUGAUAGGGAAUGGGGCAGAACAUAAUGGUAGGGAAAUACGACUUGAUGAAUUAAUGUUCAACGGCAGCCAGACAAGGAUAACUACAGAUUAUCGUUGUAUAAUAUUAUUAUUCCCUAGUCAAGUUUCAUCCCAA